CCACAUACAUGUUUUCCAAUGCCACUAUUUGUAAGCUUAUGAAUUUUUUAAUGGUUUCAUACCAAAAAAAGUUGAAUGAUAAGCCCCACUGUCCUAUGUAAGUCUAUAAUUAAACCAUAUUUGAGGAUAACAUAAUGUGAAGAACCCUUGAACUUGCUAAAUUAACCAGCAAAAAUGUUGGCGGUGUUCGCAAAAGCCAUUGGAAAUCCACCGGAGGAGCUGAGGCUUCCGGCAAUGGGAUCCAAUGAUUCAAAGACCCCAAAAGAAAUUGUUGACAAGUUUCAAUCUUUGUUGCCAGAUUCUACAGUUUAUAACCUUCCACAUGGGAAUUUUAUGGCUCUGUCCCAUCAAGACGAAAGUCCUAUACACCCCAGGUCCAUUGUUGUUUUGGAUGAUAUCUUCUGCAUUUUUGUGGGAACUCUAGCAAACAUUGCUGACCUUAGACAUCAUUAUGGCCUCCCAAGACAAGCAACAGAAGCCAUGAUUGUGGUGGAAGCCUAUAAGACCUUGAGAGAUCGAGCUCCUUACCCACCUGACCAAGUUGUUAAACAUCUUGAUGGAAAAUUUGCAUUCAUCAUCUUUGAUGCAAGAACAAACACCCUUUUUGUAGCCAGGGACCGUGAAGGAAGUUUGGAAUUUCAAUGGGGAUUGGCAAGAGAUGAAUCCUUAGUCUGUUCUGAUGACCCUAAAAUCAUUAGCGAGGGUUGUGGAAAAGCUUGUGCACCUUUUCCUCCGGGCUGCAUUUUCAUCAAUGGAAGUGGGUUGACAAGCUUUGAUCAUCCACUGCAUAAGGUUCGAGGUGUUGUGCAUGAAGAUGACAGUGGAAACAUCUUGAGUGUGUAUUUUCAUGUGGACUUGUAUACAAAGAUUCCCAGCAUUCCUCGCACUGGAAGUGCAGAUAAUUGGGCUGGUGCUGCUGAAGUCAAGGGAGAAUAGUUGAUCACUGUUCAAAAAGUAUGAAUAAAUUCAAACUUGGUGUAAUAAUAACUAAAUAUAUUCAAGAAAUUGUGUUUGUAGGAUAGAUGCAUUUCUCCAUUUUACCCCCAAGUAAUAGACACUGCAAAAACUUUAGAGUUGCGUGGUAGAAUUAAUGUAUGUUACUUCUAGUAACUCUUUCAG